AUGAGCACAAAUAAUAUACUAGAGUUUCAAGAUUAUUUAAUAUACUCAAAUACAUUUGAUUGUAAAAUGUCAAUGGUAUCAACUACAGGCGAAAAAUUAAAACCAUCUCCAACAAUCACAACUGACAGCUUACCUAAAAGAUCACCAGGUAGGUUAUUUGAAAGAUGGAAAUUACCACUGCAAAAGAUGAAAGAACAAAAAGAAAAACAACAACAACAACAACAACAACACCAAAUUAAUAGUAGUCCAUUAUCGAUAGGUUCUGAUUCAAGUUUUGAUGAUGAAGAAAUUGACUUGAAUUCAACUCAUUCAAAAGAUUCAGUGUUUUCAAAUAAACAAAAGAGAACCAACAGAUUUGAAAUUAAUUUAGAUUUAGAUAACUUAGAAGACGAAGAAUUGGAAAAAUUAUUUGAUGGUAUUGAUGAUUCAACUGUUUGUGAAAUAGAUGAAGUUGUCAAAAUUAUAGCUAUGCACUCAUCAAUGAAUAUUCAAGAACAAAAAAAAAAACUAAGGUUAUGUCAAUAA